CAGCACAGAGGCCUGGUCCCGCGACUUUUGACCCAAAUGUUUGCUGAAAAGGUGAAAAGAAAAAAAGUCAACAAAAUAGAAUAUUGUAUAAGCUUUAUUGAGAUUUAUGGAAAAGAAACGAAAGAUUUGUUACUCUCUAAUACGGAUAAUAACAAAGUGAAGAUAAACGAGCGAGAACCGUUCAAGGAAAUCUCCGUGGUACCUGUGGAUAACGAAAAUGAAUGUCUGAAAAAACUCUUUGAAGGAGAAUUUAGGAGAUCGAUUGCAAUAGGAUCAACUUAUCCAGCCUCUCACUUAUCCAUGUCUGUGAUUACUUUUCACGUAUCUAAUCUCAGUUUAAUAACAUCAUGGGGUAUUGUAACGACAGCCAAAGUAAUUAUUCGUUAUAUUAUUUGUAUCUCUAUAUGAGUUUUUUAAACCGUGAAAUUGGAGA